CUCCUCCUCCCCACUUUCCUCCCCCCAAACUCCAACGCACCACCGGCGCCAAACCAACCACCCACCAUCCACCGGUCGAACACUUGGCGCUCUCGCCCGCCUUAGCUCGCUCUGCUCGUGGUGCUCGACCCGAACAAGAACGGACAUGGCUCCCAGGAACGCCGCCGAGGCCGUCGCCGUCGCCGUGGCGGAGGGCGGAGGAGCCGGCAUGGAGCCCAGGUUCCGCGGCGUGAGGAAGCGCCCGUGGGGCAGGUACGCGGCGGAGAUCCGCGACCCGGCCAGGAAGGCGCGGGUGUGGCUCGGCACCUUCGACACCGCCGAGGCCGCGGCGCGCGCCUACGACAGCGCCGCGCUCCACUUCCGCGGGCCCAAGGCCAAGACCAACUUCCCCGUCGCCUUCGCGCACGCCCACCACCACGCCCCGCCGCCGCCGCUGCCCAAGGCGGCGGCGCUGGCCGUCGUCAGCCCGACCAGCAGCACGGUCGAGUCGUCCUCCCGGGACACGCCCGCCGCCGCCCCGGUGGCGGCCGCGGCCAAGGCCCAGGUGCCCGCCUCGCCUUCGCUCGAUCUGAGCCUCGGGAUGUCGGCCAUGGUGGCCGCCCAGCCGUUCCUGUUCCUCGACCCCAGGGUCGCGGUGACCGUGGCCGUCGCGGCACCGGUGCCUCGCCGGCCGGCCGUCGUCAGCGUCAAGAAGGAGGUAGCUCGCCUGGACGAGCAGAGCGACACCGGCUCGUCGUCAUCCGUGGUGGACGCCUCGCCGGCCGUCGGCGUGGGGCUCGACCUGAACCUGCCGCCGCCGAUCGAGGAGGCGUAGGUUGCAGCGCCCGAUGACGACGACAAGACCCCCCCACAAAUCCCUCGUAGAAAAGUCUAGAGCGACGUGUAAUAGUAAGAGGUUAAUCGUCCGUUUAAUUGCCAGGAUUGAUCAACUAGGUGUACAUAGAUCGUGUCCUUUUUGCACGGGGAGAUAGGUAUGAGGAAAAGGCUACUACUCCCGGUGUUACAGUUCCUUUAAAGAAAGAAGGAAAAAAACAAGAAAAGAAAAAGAAAACAUUUUGUUGUUCGAUGUAACAUAUUGAUCAUCAAUCUCUGAUUAAUGAGAAAUUUACGUUAUUUUGUUCUUAAAAA